AUGCAGGUGGAGGGCUCAGUAGAUGGGAAGCCAUGCCGCCUGACAGUGGACACUGGAGCUGAGAAGACCCUAGUGCGGCCUAAUAUGUUGGCCACUAAGCGACUUCCAGACGCACCACAGAGAUUGUGUGGUGUCACGGGGCAUUGUGUGCAGCUCAAGGGGCCAGUGGAGGCUCGUAUUGGCGUGGGCAGCACAGUGCAGCGGCUGCCGGUUUAUGUGGCCGAUAUGGAUGAGCACUGCUUGCUGGGCCUUGACUACCUGACGCAGAGUAAGACAUGUGUCGACCUUGGACGGAAGCUGGUGAGGGUGCACGGAGAAGAUGUGCCCUUGCUUCCAGAAGUUGGCUGUGCAGAGGUAGUAACGGCUGAGCGGCUGCACCUUACCCCCAGGACAUAG